CCCGUGUACACACACGCACGCUGACCACACGCAGAUCCAAAGCAAGAGUUCAAACAACAUCUUAGCGUUUUCUACCAGCUCUCCAUCAGCAUACAAAGGAGGAAGAAGCGGGCACCUCCAAAGUAGUGAUGGCUCUCCAGAAGACCCUUUCAUUGCUUCUGCUCUUGCUGCUGACCCUGCUGGGGCUGGUGCAGCCCUCCUAUGGCCAGAAUCGCAUGUACCAACGAUUCCUGCGACAACAUGUGGACCCUUUGGCGACAGGUGGCGAUGACAGCUACUGCAACUUGAUGAUGCAUAGACGGAAGAUGACUGGGUUUCAUUGCAAGCAAUUCAAUACCUUCAUCCAUGAAGACAUCUGGAGCAUUCGUAGUAUCUGCAGCACCACCAAUAUCCAGUGCAAGAACGGCAAGAUGAACUGCCAUGAGGGUGUAGUGAACGUCACAGACUGCAAAGAGACAGGAAAUUCCAGGGCCCCCAACUGCAGAUAUCGGUCCAUGGCCAGCACUAGGCGUAUUGUCAUAGCCUGUGAGGGUAACCCACCGAUGCCUGUGCACUUUGACAGAUAGAUGCUACCUUGCAGGGGAUAUGGCCCCGUGGUUGACCUUUAAUUUGCUUCUUGAAUAGCAAUGAGUAAUACAUUUAAGCUCUCCCAGGCUCUGUCUCCUCUGCUUAUGUCUACUUGUUUAUCUCUGUAUAAUCCAUUCUGUUAAAUGCAUCAAAGAGAAAUGGAGACAUAAACCUAUAAUGGGACUGGGCUCUUCUGUAAUAAACAUUUCAGUAAACUCUUCUGCUUCCUUUAAUAAUACUGGUCAGCUUAGCUCUCUCAGAUCCUAUCCUCUGUAAUUUAGUCAUUAUAUUUUUAUAGCAUUUUAAGUAUUUCAAGGUACUUUCAUCUCAGUUAUCUCAUUUUAAUACCACAGCACCCCUGUGAUGCUGAUGUUGUUAUAUAUAGGAGCCCAAAGUUAAGGGAUUUGCUAAAGACCAUGAAGUUAAUGGAAAAAUGGAGCACAAAAUCCACUUCAACUGGUUAUUAAUCUAGAGCUUUUUUUUUUUUU